AUCGAGAACUCUACAUCGGUAUUGUUGUAAACGCGCUCGGCCCGAUAGACCCUGCCGAAUUAGGGCAAACAUGGACCACCAUGCAGAUGCAACCCGAGACAAGGACAUCGACCUUUCCGUUUCCGAUGCUGACACAAUAAGCGACGCUUAUUCCGACGAUACCGAUACCCUAGAGCAGCCCGAUUCGCUUGAACUCGCCCGGAUCGAAACACAUCGGCUUCAGCAAAAGACAACGGUCGGGUCAACGAGAGGCCCUCUGCCGCGCGGGGAAUGGAUGCCCAUGGGUGCUGGAAAGGAGUAUCCGCCGUUACUCCCUGACCCAGAGCAGUUUGUCGUUGAAUUUGACGGUGCAAAUGAUCCGUUACACCCGUAUAACUGGACACUUCUGAGACGGAUCUUCCUCGUUUGUAUCCUCUCGUAUAGCACAUUUGCCAAUUCAUUCACAAGCGCCGUAUUUUCCGCAGCGAUCGGAUCCGUCAGCGAGGAGUUCAAUAUCGGAAGAGAAGCUGCAUCACUGGGCGUUACAUUAUUCGUUCUUGGCUUCGCAGCAGGUCCCAUAGCCUGGGCGCCCAUGUCAGAAAUCAUCGGACGACGCUUGCCAGUAUGCAUUGGGAUCUUUGGAUGCGGAAUCUUCACCAUCGCUUGCGCAACGGCUAAGGACGUCCAGACAAUCAUGAUAUCCCGAUUCUUCGCCGGACUUUUCGCCGCCAGCCCGAUUUCGAUCGUCCCCGCCGUGUUCGCGGACCUGUUUUCCACCGCGCAGCGCGGAGUCGUCAUGUCCAUUUUCUGCAUGGCAGUCUUUGUUGGUCCGUUCGCUGCGCCCUUUGUCGGCGGCUUCAUCGCCAUGACCCUUGGCUGGCGAUGGAUCAUGUACAUCUCCGCGAUCAUGGUCUUCCUUGGCUUUGUCCUGGUCGUCUGCUGGAUGGACGAGACCUACGCGCCCGUCAUUCUCGUGCACAAGGCAGCUGUGCUGCGACGUCAAACGCAUAACUGGGGAAUUCACGCGAAGCAAGACGAGGUCGAAGUGACAUUCGUUGAGCUCCUCCGAAACAACUUUACGCGCCCGUUGAAGAUGCUGGUCACCGAGCCCAUUCUCCUUCUGGUCUCAUUGUAUAUCUCGUUCGUGUACGGGCUUAUGUAUGCCCUGCUAGGCGCAUACCCCGUCGUCUUCCAAGGUGUAUAUGGCAUGAACAUGGGAGUCGGAGGGCUGGCUUUCAUCGGCAUUAUCAUCGGCGAACUUCUUGGCGGCGUAUAUGUCCUGUGCCUACAAGGCUCAUACCAACGGAAACUUACAGCAAACAACGACCAGCCGAUUCCUGAAUGGCGCUUGACCCCAGCCAUCGUCGGCUCGGUAGCUUUCUCAGGAGGCCUGUUCUGGUUCGGCUGGUGCGGAUACAGAGCAGAUAUUCACUGGAUGGCGCCGAUUGCAUCGGGGCUGCUGACUGGAUUCGGUAUCUUCUGUAUCUUUCUGCAGUGUUUCAACUAUAUCGUCGACUGCUAUCCUACCUUGGCUGCAUCGACUAUCGCUGCGAAUACAAUUCUCCGAUCGGCGCUCGGAUGUGCUUUUCCGUUGUUCUCGCGACAGAUGAUGGAGAACCUCGGCGUCCAGUGGGCAGGUACCCUGCUCGGAUGCUUGGCGGUUGCAAUGAUUCCUAUCCCAGUCGGAUUUCAGGUCUAUGGGCCCUGGCUGCGACAAAGGAGCAAGCUUGCCUCUGCGGCGGUUGCUCCCUCCCAUAAAAAGGGCGACGUCUGAAAGUUUUGACCGCGCCAAAGGCCUCGUCCUUUUCAUGAUACCCACUUAGCCGCUGUGUUAGCGGCACCCAGUCCCUAUUUCGGGGUCGCAUUCAGCUGUCCCUCACUGGAACGGCAGAGGCAUUGGAGACCACGAAACGAGCAUGAAGAACGCCCGCUUGCCGUGCGUUUACGCGACCUCGCAGGGUUGACGCCUAAGGAUGCCGAGUGAUAUACAAUCAGACCUCGAAUAACGAAUUAUGAGCUGUAAAUAAUUGUUGUUAGCGUGCAUGUCAAUAGAGAUACUCAUGGAUCAAUACGGUAUAAUGUGAACACUUGAUCGUGCCAUAGCUCUGUCC